AUGGAUUUCCGAUUUGUGAUCAAAACGAUGAUGGCAGACCAUCCGUUGCGAGUUCUGAUCGUAUUCACAGUGUCGUACUGGAUCUGUAUGUCAUGGAUGUUUACACAGUGUGAAAGAUACGAUGGCAAGUUAGACGUUGAGCACUACUAUCUGAAUUCCAUGUGGUUCAUUAUGGUUACGUUCAUGUCCAUCGGUUAUGGUGACAUCGUGCCGAACACCUACUGUGGUCGAACCCUUUCCAUAACUACCGGCAUUGUGGGGGCUGGAGUUUCCUCAGCGCUUAUUGCCGUCAUCUCCAGAAAGCUUGAGCUGAGUCGAGCAGAGAAGCAUGUAAACAACUUCAUGGCAGAUUCUAAGCUAACUAAUCAACGAAAAAAUGCCGCUGCUUCUGUGCUGCAGGAAACCUGGUUCAUUCACAAGUAUAAGAAAGCGCUGCACAAGGGCGAUGAACUACGCCUUCGCCAGCAUCAACGACGUUUCCUGCACUCCAUCAACGAGUUUCGACGAAUAAAAUGGGAUCAGCGCAAACUUCAAGAGAAAGGAAACUCUUUGCUUGAUGUUGGGAAGGUAAGGCUUACUCACCCUUUCAUGACACUGUCGAGCAAAUUUGAGUACCUGAACUUCUUAUGUGGAUACAAUAAUGAGGCAUUAACUAAGCCAUUUUCGUAUGCUCAUUCAUAACC